ACGCUUCCGAAAAUAUUCGGACAUACAGAUAAAACUGUGAGGUCGGAGGGAACACAACUUGUGAUAGAAUUGUAUAAAUGGUUGGGCCAAGCAAUCAAUCCACACUUGCAAGAAUUGAAGCCUGUGCAGAUUAAAGAAUUGAAUGAGGCCUUUGAAAAGUUACCUCCCGAAAAACCUAAACAACUACGAUUGCUCAGGUCACAAGCUGCAGCCGCGGCAGAGGCAGAAGCUGAAGCGCAACAGGAAGAGGCUGAAGAGGAAAAGGAAAUUGAUGCAUUUGAUUUGGCCGAACCUGUCGAUGUUUUAGCAAAAGUGCCCAAAGACUUUUACACAACGUUGGGAUCUACGAAAUGGAAAGAACGGAAGGAGGCAUUGGACGGCCUGCUUGAAGUAUGCAAUACUCCUAGGAUAGCUGAUGGUAAUUUUUCGGAGCUCAUCCCUGCUCUUGCAAAGAGAAUGAACGAUUCCAAUAUUAUCGUGGUAUCACUUGCAGCGAAUAUAAUUGAGCUUUUGGCAAAAGGCUUACGCAACGAUUUUAGUAAACACAAAUCAGUAGUCGUAGGGCCUAUCAUAGAAAAAUUGAAGGAGAAAAAAAAAAGCGUAUCUGAUACGUUAGCGAAGACACUUGACGCAAUCUUCCUGACCGUCACGCUAUCUGACGUUGUGGAGGACAUUGUAGCUGCGGGUAAACACAAAAAUCCCCAAGUAAAAUCAGAAUCAAUUAACUGGCUUGUGCGAUGUCUGAAGACUACAAAAGUUGCACCAAAUAAAACCGAACUUAAAGCUCUUUCUGAAAUGUUGGUGAAAGCAUGCGAGGACAGCAUGGAGCCGGUACGUGUCGCCGCGAUGGAAGGUUUAGGAACUAUGAUGAAAAUCGUUGGAGAUAAAGCAAUGAUACCAUUCCUGGAGGGGCUUGAUGAUAUUAAAAAAGGAAAAAUAAAAGAAUUUUGCGAAAAAGCUGAAGUCAAGGCUAAAGCAACUACUGUCAAACGACCCACUCCCGCACCAACCACUGAAGAAAAGCCCAAGCCAAAGACGAUCAAAUCGCCUAAUGGACCUCCAAAAAAGAAAGCUGAGGCUACAUCAGCACCUACCAAAUCAGCGCCAUCGGGUCCACCAAAGAAAUCCGUGAAAGCUGCAAAACCUUCACCGGCUGCUGCUGCUGCGCCACCGCCUCCGAAAAAAGGUGGUAAGGCAAAAGAAGAAGAGCCUAUCAAAUACAAAUACGCUGAUGAAGAUGUCGAGGCGAAGUUUGGCGAAAUUGUACCUUCUAGCCAAACUGACGAAAUAAGCGACAAGCAAUGGAAGAUUAGAUUAGCAGCGAUCACAUCACUACGUCAGACUUUGGAUUCAAUGGAUCCCGCGGAAGUUGAUCCUGAGUUGGUUGUUCGUUUCUUGAGAAAAAAGCCUGGUUGGAAAGAAAGCAAUUAUCAGGUCAUGAGUGAGGUCUUUGGCAUAAUGCAAAUGCUUUCGGAUAAAUCAACCGCGUUUUCUAAACCAGCAGCUUCUCUCGCAAUUUCCAUAUUGGCUGAAAAACUUGGUGAUAUCAAACUCAAGAAACCAGCUGGUGAAUGCUUAACCAGCUUUGCCGAAAAAACAUCACUUCAAUUUGUACUCACACAAGCAUAUGAACCAUUACGAAAGGCAAAGUCACCAAAGACGGUAGCAGACGGCCUCACGUGGAUUCACAGUGCGGUCAUGGAAUUCGGUAUUGCAGGUUUGCAAGUCCGCGACCUGAUCGAUUUUCUUAAAUUUACACUUAGCAACACAAAUGCGGCUGUUCGUGCAAAUUCGGUGACAGUUUUGGGCGCUUUACGAAUUUAUGUUGGCCCUGGUGUUCGAAAUUUUGUUCAGGAUUUGAAUCCAACACAAUUAGCCACAAUAGAUGCUGAGUUUGAGAAGGUUGCUGAUCAGGCACCGCCUCAGCCGACGAAAUCUAGCGCCGAAUCCAAAAAUUCUGGCGAUGCAUUAGAUGAACUAUUUCCCAAAGUUGAUAUAGGAGCACUUAUUACCGGCAAAAUAGUUGCGGAUUGCAACAGCGACAAAUGGAAAACGAGAAAGGAGGGUAUGGACCAAGUUAAAGCAAUAGUCGAUGCUAACCAGCGACUUAAACCGAAUUUAGGUGAUUUUCCGCCCGUCUUGAAGGCACGAUUAGCUGAUAGUAAUAAAAAUCUGCAGAUGAUGGCGCUAGAGAUUUGCGGAAAGAUAGCCACGGCAAUGGGCAAACCUUUCGAUAGAUAUGUGAAAAUUUUCGUGGGACCAGUUACUAAUGUUCUUACAGAUCAAAAAGCAACUGUUCGUGGCAGUGCUAUCAGCACCCUCGAUGCAAUGGCAAAUGCAUGUGGGCUUGAUCCUCUCAUUUCAUCCCUUGCUACCAGUCUAGCAAAUGAAAAUCCACUUUUACGAAAGGAUCUCUUAAAUUGGCUUUCAGAACGUCUGAAAGAAUUCGAAGAAAAGAAAAAGUCUCCAGACUUGUCACCGCUAGUAACACCAAUAUUGUCUUGUUUAUCUGAUCGUAAUGGAGAUGUUCGUAAGUCCGGGCAGGCUUGUUUAGGGCCAAUAAUCAAUAGUGCUGGUUACGAUCAUGUAGUUCAGAAAUGCGGUGAUUUGAAGGGUGCGAUAAAACAACAAAUUAUGCCGAUGAUUGAAGCAGCACGUCCUGCUAGUGGAGGUGCCAGCAAAGUCAAGGACAUUGGAAAGAAACCUGGUCCAAAAAGUCGGAUUGGCGGACCGUCAGGCGGA